UCUAAAUGUGCCACACAAAGACUUCAGAAAAGCACCUCUUUGUACAGAAGAUCAAAGGGUCAAGUGGAAAUACUCGACUGGAAGACAAAAAAACAGCUGUGCUUUCUGGAUAAGGUGGAACCACAUGCUACAAUUAGAGAGAUCAGAUUGAUGUUCCAUAAAUUAUAUCCACAGUGGUAUUCAGCAAGGCAGUCAAUAAGACUUAAGCCUAAGGGAAAAGCCUUGAGGGAUGAGGAAAUUCUGCAGCACCUCCCAGUUGGAACAACUGCUACACUGUAUUUUAAAGAUUUAGGUCCUCAAAUAGGAUGGACUAUGGUAUUUUUGAUAGAAUAUGCAGGACCAUUGUUCAUCUAUUUUCUGUUUUAUUUCCGUAUGCCUUUUGUCUAUGGCCUGGAUGAGAGAUUUACAUCAAGGCCACAUCCAGUAGUUAACUUGGCAUGUAUCUGCCAUUCUUUCCACUACAUCAAAAGGUUGAUUGAAACAGUAUUUGUUCACCGGUUUUCCCAUGGAACUAUGCCACUGAGGAAUAUUGUUAAGAACUGCUUAUAUUAUUGGGGAUUUGCUGCUUGGCUGGCCUAUUACAUCAAUCAUCCUCUCUAUACACCUCCUUCCUAUGGACAAAAACAGAUAAAUUUUGCUGUGAUCAUGUUUCUGCUGUGUGAGGCUGGGAAUUUCUCUAUCCAUGUUGCACUCAGUGAUCUCAGGAGAGAUGGAUCCAAAACCCGUAAAAUCCCAUAUCCAACAAAGAAUCCUUUUACGUGGCUGUUUUUCUUUGUAUCCUGCCCUAACUACACAUACGAGGUGGGGGCCUGGAUCAGCUUCACUGUCAUGACUCAGUGUGUCCCAGUGGCAUUGUUUACUUUGCUUUGCUUUAUUCAGAUGACAAUUUGGGCAAAGGAUAAACACUGCACCUACCUACGAGAAUUCAAGGAUUAUCCAAGUCUUCGAAUGCCAAUUAUUCCAUUCUUAUUGUAAGAAGAAAGACUUAUUUGAACGCUUGUGUGGAACUACAGGAAGAAAAAGCUAAUGGGCUUCUUUUAUGGACAAAACUGCUAGUAAAUGGGAGAAUUUGUUUAAAUAGCUGAGAUGGUUCAUGUGCAUACUGGAUCUCCAUUUCUGUGGGAAAUUCUAGACAGUUGAAACCCUCCUAAUAUGUCUAAAUUCAGGGGCAUUUUUGAAAUCCAGAUUAAUUGCCCUGACUGUUGCUUCAUUGAUGGUCAAAGGUCCCUAUGGCUCACUAUAACCAAAGUGGCCUAGAGCUUUCCAGUUAGUAACAGUUGGGUCUUCCUCUACCAGUGAUCAGAGGCAGCGUGAAGACUUACCGUGAGGGAUUUCCAGCUUUGGGAGCAGCAUGCCACCAGAGUGCAGAUCAAGUUGCCUUUCCUG